AUGUCUUCACACAUUGCCCUCCCAGGCGCGACGGUGACGGUGCGGCCUCGGUAUAGAUUCUACCGCUUCAAUGGAGGCUCAAAGCUGAGAUUGGCCCGGAGGGGGUGUCUGCUGCUGUUUACUCUUCUGUCUGUCACUUUAACUUUAUGUUACCUAAUGCUUAAUGACAGUGUUUGGCAUCCCCAAUCACCAAUACAUUUCGAUUCCUCCCUAUCACCGACUUCAAUAUCUGCCGGACACCGAAAUUUCGUCAUUGUCCUCCCCGUCGAUGGACCCAGCCAUGACCUCUGCAAAGUCAUUAGCAGCAUCGUCGCCUUGGGGUAUCCCGCGCCCGUCAUCGUCAACUGGAAGAAAGACUUUCACACCGACGCUGAGGGCAUUGGCCCGUCGCAGCUGGGCAAGAUCACUGGUACCCUCAACUACCUGGAGUGGGCGACGGGUCCAGAUGCGCCCGACCAGGACAGACUCGGCGACGAUGAUCUAGUACUCAUGCUAGAUGCCCACGAUAUCUGGAUGCAGCUGCCCCCCAGCGUCCUCCUCCACCGAUACUUCAGCAGCAACCAACGGGCGAACAAGCGACUUUUCGAAGAAUAUGGCUUUGAAGAAGGUUUACUGGAGCAGACCAUCGUCAUCUCUGCCCAGAAGGGCUGUGUUGCCCCACGCGACAAGAUCUCCAAUCUCUACUGCCACGAUGUGCCCGAGAGCACCCUCCCGCCCGACGUCUUUGGCUUCCUGACUGACUACAAGAUUGGACGGUGGAAGUUUAUGCGCCCCAAGUAUGUCAACAGCGGCAGCUUCAUGGGCCCCGCGGGUGACAUGCGUCGGUAUUUUAAGCGCGUCAAGGACAGAAUGGACAGAGACCUUCUCGAGAUCGACUCCAACGAGGACCUCGCUGGCGACCAAGGCAUUUUCGCAGAGGUGUUUGGGGAGCAGGAAUUGUGGCGCCGACAUGUCCACCUUGACGAUUUCGCCGACGACAAUGCGGGCAGGGCCACUGCCGAGUGGUCACGCGACGAAUUCGAAUACCACCUCGGCCUCGAUUACACACAAGAGCUCUUCUAUCCGACCUGCUACUCCGAGGACAGCAGCUACUUUGUCUCCGUCGACAACCCCGUCGCCUUGGAGAAGCAGUCGGGCGAGGCGGGUGUCUCACCACCACGGAUACGGGGUGUCCCCGCCGAUAUAUACGAGGCCGACAACCCGCUCUCCAAGCUGGUCGAAGCUUCAGACAAGGACCUCACAUGGGGUGAGGUUCCUCUAUAUGUCGACUUUUGGACGACGGCGAUCCCUGUAGCGAUACAUCACAAUGCUUGGAGGAAUGGCCUCAAGAGUCGGAGGUCGACCUGGUGGGACAAGACAUGGUUCUUUCCUUACCUACGGAAUCUGCUCGAGGUGCAGAUGCAGUCCAACAGCACAACAUCACUGGCCACCCUCGACGCGAGAAACGGCAGCCUCGAGAUCAAACCGUACCGCGGCGAGGGCGAGUUCAAGACGUCGCUGCUAUUCGGGAAAAACAAGGAGACCAAGAACUGGGAGCUGCGGGCGACCGACUGGGACACGGCGUGCAGCAACAGCAACGCCACGGCCGAGGCCGAGGCUCCCUGGUAUGACGAGGUGUUUAGAGAUGGUAGAGGCACAAUAUAG